AUGGGGGGAGCGCAGGGUCUUCAAGAAUUUGGGCGCCACAGUACCCUAGGCCGCUACCUGCUAGAGAUUGACAAUGCGUACAACGCCCUGCACCCCAACUGUCGCUUCCGCGCCUUCCUAUACAACAUGUGCACGCCAGGUCAGUCAACGAUGGCGGUGGAGCGUGAGCGCUUCAUCGCCGCCCAGGCGGGUGGCGGCUGCAAAGAAGAGGACCUGCUUCGCGCGCAGGAGCGCAACCCGGAUCCGCUGCGCAUGUAUCCGACCCCGGUGCACUUCAUGCAGGAGAUGAAGGCGCGGGCGGAGAAGCAGCAGGAAGCCAUCGCCGCCAUGACGAAGCACGUGGAUGUUCUUCUUAACAAGGCUGAACGCUUCCGGGAGUUGGACGAGGCGAACGCCGCGCAGUACCGGGAGCUCAUGCUGGAGCAGGUCAUGCUGCAGCGCCGCUGGUACUCUGUGCUGAAGAAGGUGGAGACGCUCCGUCAACUUGGGUUGCCGUCAGGUGAAGAGAGCCGCAUCGCGAGCACCGCCAAGGCCCUGAACGCGCAGCUGUCUGCGCCGGGCGUGUACAAGACGGCACUGUCUGAGCUGCAGCCGUUCUUGGAUGCGGAGUCGGCGAGCGUCGCGUCGCUCCUCCGAGGUCGGCCGGGCGACGAGUCAAGCGACGCUGCUGUGACGGCGAAGUCGGGUGGCAUGCUGCGGCGGCGCACGGACCCGCAUAUGCUGAAGAACUGGACGCGCUUUGCCGAUCGUAUCGAGCAGGGGGUGGAGGCGCUCACAGAGCUUCUGGAGAGGGACACUGCUGCCAUGCGAGCCAUUCGCCAUCGCGUGAUUUCUGCGUGA